CCGGCGCCACCUUUAUCGCUGCCCCCGUCUUUGGCGCCAACCCGGUCGCUCAGGCCGGAAGACUGAUCUUCGCCAUGGCCGGCCCCACGACGGCUAUUGAGCGCCUUGAGCCCCUGGUUGUUGAUGUGAUGGGAAGGAAAAUCAUCAACAUGGGUGAAGACGUCAAGAAGGCCCCCAUGUUGAAGGUGACUGGAAACGUGCUUCUUGUCGUCUUCCUCGAGGCCAUUGCCGAGACCCAAGUCUUGGCUGAACAGAACGGCAUCGGAAGCAACGUAAUGGAAGAUCUCAUCUUUGAGAAUUUUGGACCGGUCUUGGGUAGCUACUCCCGCAGGUUGACCAGCGGGUCCUGGGCACCCAAGGAAGGAACGGCUGGAUUCCUUGUGUCGAACACCAUCAAGGACGCGAAACAUGCGCUCAGAGUCGCCAAUGACCUCGGCGUCAGGAUGCCGGCGUUGGAUAUUGCGACAAACAACAUGCUCAGCGCAAGGGCGUACGGUGGAGAGAAUCUGGACGGUGCGGCUCUUUAUGGAACUCUCAGAGCCCAGUCAGGUCUUCCCUUCUGGUCCGAAAACAGCCGUCAAGAGUGA